AUGUCCGAUCAAAACGAAAAGGGCUCUCCAUCUGAUGACAAGGCAUUGAACGUACCCGGUCCAGCCUCAGGUACCGGCGGAACUCCAUCUGAUUUCCUCAAACAAGUCGUGGGUCAUCAAGUAACAGUUAGGCUGAAUAGUGGAGUCGAUUAUCAAGGUAUUUUGUCUUGUUUGGAUGGCUACAUGAACAUCGCUCUUGAAAAUACCGAGGAGUAUGUCAAUGGGAUCAAGCGGAACAGUUAUGGGGAUGCCUUUCUGAGGGGGAACAAUGUUUUGUACAUCAGUCGAGUCGCACCUGAGCGUAACUCAUAA